AUGAAAUAUUUCUUUUUAGUUAAUCUUAAAUUAAGUUAUAUGGAAUUAUCUAGAUCUUAGAUUUACUUGAUAUAUUGGCUUGUACUUAAGGGGAUUAUAUCUUAAGAUAAUUAUAUUGGUAGAAUGGAUAUAAGAAUUAAUCUGUCUUCAAUAUAUAUUUGUUCUAUUUAUAUAGUAAUAUCUUUGCUCAUACAUAUUUUUUAGGAUUACAUUAGAGAGUGCAACUAUUAGAUAUAGCUUUGUUUGUAUCAAGUUUUGAUAAAGCUAAGGGGAUCAGUAUUUAAAAAGUAGAAUUAGAAGUCAUGUAUAUAAACAGCGAUUAAUGAUGGAAGAGAAUACUUUCCAAAAACACUAUAUAUAAUGUUAAUUUCAAUGAGUGUAAAAUUUACUCCAGUAGACUUUUAUUAUAAAAGAGGAUUUUAAUUUUUUCAUAGAAUUUCUAGGUACAAUGUAAUCAUUUUGAUAUAUAUGAAUCAUUCAGCUACAUUUCAAUUUUUCAUUUAAAAAGAAUACCAAUAAAUGUGUUAAAUGAAAUAAACGAAAAGUUUGUCUAACUUUAUAUAUGAGGUUUCGAUCUAAUAAGACUAAUUUAAAAGAACUAUCAACCAAUUGAUAACUAAGAACAAUUUGUAAUAGUCAUUUUCCCUUAGGCAAUAAUAUCUCUGA